AUGGCCUGUCUCAACUUUGUCCGCCAGACCUGGGCGAAGACCGUUGCGAAAGCCGGCCACGACGGCAACGUCUUGAAGCGCCUUGUCGUCAACGAAGCUCGUCCUGGCUACGUGCACACGACGCUGAAGAUUGGGACGGAGCACAUCAACAACCACAACACUGUCCACGGUGGUGUCCUCCUCUCGCUGACUGACACGGUGACUUCGCUGGCGCUGCAGUCGAAGGGCAUCGUCCCCCCGACUGGCGCCUCCGUCAACAUUUCGUGCGAGUUUGUGCGCCCGGCCGGAAAGGUCGGCGAUGACCUGCACGGCGUGGGCGAGGUGGUGCAGCUUGGUCGUACUCUUGCGUACACGCGCGUCAACUUUUACAACUCUCACAAGAAGAUGGUUGCGUUUGGCUCGCAUACCAAGCACAUGGGCAAGAACACGCCCACGACGCGGUUCAGCGAGGACGGCGAGCUCGAGCUCCCUCUGGAGGAGAAGGAGAAGAAGGCCUAA